AUGUCAAAAAAAUUAGAUAAAAAGGACAUUUUGGCUUUUCUUGAUUCUAAAUUUUCCAAACUUGAUAAAGAGAAAGAAAAAAAGUCAAGUAAAAAGAGAGAAGAAAAGUAGGAGGGCAAAGAUUAACUAAAUAAGCCCAAAAAUUAAGAUUAAUAGAAAUCAUCUCAAAUCUAAAAUUCUGUCUAAUUUGAUAAUUAGAAACUGAGUGAAGGCAUGUAAAAUGAAAAUGCACUUCAAUAAGUUUUAUCAAACCAAACUGAAAAUAAUAAAACUCUGAAUGAUAAUAUACUAUACUCUCAAAUGAUUCCAUAAAAUCAGCAAAAGACAGAUGAAAAUUUAAAGAAAUUCAAGGAGUUUUCUCUAAAACACCCUCAAAAUUAUGAUAAUGAGCUUAAAAACAAAAUUUUCUUUAUUGGUCAGAAUAACAUUGGUAAUCAAAGUGGAGAAACAUUAGUCUAACCAGGAACUGAAUAAAUAAGUCUAAAGCAAAAACAGUAAAGAAAUUAAGCUAUUCAAUCAUAGAAGAAAGUAUCAAGAAAUACUCUUAAAUAGCUAGAUAAGAUGCACUAGUAGUAAUCUUAAACCCUAAAAUAUGAGACAUUCGCACAGCUUAACAAACUCUGGAAAUAGUAUAUUAUGACUUUAAUUGGAAAAGAUGAUAAUAUGGCUUCAAUCUGUUCAAAAAUAGUCAAAGCUGAUUUUAACGGGGCUUAAGUGAAAGUUGUUAAAAGCAAGAAUGAAUGCAUGAUAGGAGUAUCAGGAUUAGUAGUUAAGGAAACAGUGAGAUGUCUGUUUAUAAUAAAUGAAGAGAAUCAAGUUAAAAAUUUAUUAAAAUAGGGCAGUGUUUUUGAAAUAGAUCUUGGAGAUGGCUAAAGAGCAGUUAGAAUCUGGGGAGAUAACAUAGUUUUUAUGGGAAGUGAAAGGACUAAGGUUAAGUUCAAGGAAAAGUUUAAUUUUGAUCUUUAUUGA